ACAGUUAUUUUUGUGUUAUUUUGUGUUUUUAUCUCAUCAUUCAAAGUCCACACCAAAAAGAGGCUAAAACAACCCCGUCAACUAAUCAGUGCCACUUGUCCUCGAGUUCGACCAGACACCCCUGAGUUCUUCAACGAUGUAAUGAAUCACGAGGGUGACCCUUUCCGCCUCGCCUCCUUGUACUCAGUCUCACCGGGGCCUCGGACUACCACCACUGCGCAGGAGUUCUUCAGUAACAGAAAAGCCAAUGGAAAACAACAAUUUCUUUCUCAAAUACAACAGGACGUUGGUGACGCCUGCAUCAGAGUCACUCCAUGUAACAAGAAUGCAAAGUUCCGCACUAUAGAUGGGUCGUGUAACAACCUGGCCUUCCCUCAGUGGGGAUUGUCUGGUGCCACUCUUGUCAGGAUAUUCCCUGCAUUUUAUAGUGAUGGGAAGCAUAGUUUACGCACUAGUGGGAGUGUGUCUUUGCCUAGUACUCGCUCUUUGUUGUCAAAUGUGUUGUCCUCAUCGUCAGUGCCAGACCCAAUAGCCACCUACGCAGUCAUGACUUGGGGUCAAUUAGUCUCUCAUGACACAGCCAGGGUCCUAGAUCAACAACCAGAUUUCAAUGUUGCCCAAUGCCUAUGCUGCAGCAGUGAUCAUAAGCCUUUGCCUUCAGUCAUCAUGCCUGAGAACUGCAUCCCAAUAUCUGUCACUGCCAAUGACCGCUUCUACUCCAGAUUCAAAGUGUCCUGCCUCAACUUCAUGAGGUCCAUGAUAACUGAUGAUAAGAACUGCAUAAUUACCCCAUCCCAGUUCAUUUCAGAUGUGACCCACUACGUGGAUGCUUCCUUCUUGUAUGGUUCUACUGACAGGGUGGCCAGUAGGCUGCGUACAUUCAGUGGAGGCUUGCUUCGUUCCCAGAUAGUCAAUGGGGCAGAGUAUUUGCCUGAGUUGGCACAGCGGGGCCGUAACUGCCCCCACAGCUCAGUGUGUUAUGAUACAGGUGAUGAUAGGGUUAACCAGAACCCACAGUUGGCUGUGGUACAAGUGAUGUUUUGUCGGCUACACAACCACAUCGCGAGACAGCUUCAGUCGCUCAAUCCUCAUUGGUCCGACGAGACUCUAUACCAGGAGGCUCGCAAGAUAGUGUCUGCCAUAACACAGAGAAUCACUUACACUGAGUACCUUCCGAUGAUCAUAAGCCCCACUGAGAUGAAGAGCCAGAAACUAUCAGGCCCUGGCUUAGUGCUGGACCAGUAUGACAAGUUUCUCAAUCCCGGAACUCUAGUAAGUUUCACCUCGGCUGCCUUCCGCGCCUUCCACACCAUGAUACCUCCAGACGUACAAUUAUUUGAUGAGCGACGGAAGCGCAUUAAAACGUUUCGUCUAAGUGAUGUGUUUUUCAAGCCAGAUUUAAUUCAGGAGGAUAAUGCAUUUGAAAAUUUCGUUAGGGGCCUUAUGUUUCAACCAGCUCAAAAGAUGAAUCAAGGAUUUACUAAAGAGGUCACGGAGCUGCUGUUUAAGACUAAGGAAGGGGUGGGAGUGGACUUAGUAGCAUCUGAUGUUAUGAGAGGUCGAGAUCACGGACUUCCCCCUUACAACAUGGCUAGACUCGCCUGCGGUCUUUCUACAUUCACUAGCUUCCGAGAUCUACGGCAACAUAUGUCUUCAAAGGCAGCCAAGUUUCUCAGACGUAUAUACAUAACAGUAGAUGAUAUAGACCUGUAUGUGGGAGCUAUACUGGAGAAUGUGGUGCCUGGAGCUAUUGUCGGUCCCUUACUACAAUGCAUCAUCAGUGAACAGUUCCGGCGGUGGAAGGACGGCGAUCGCUUCUUCUACACCUUCCAAAAUAAUCCAGGUGCCUUCACAUCUGCUCAACUGGUUGAGGUUGAAAAGAUGAGUCUGUCAAAGGUGGCGUGUCUUGUAACGGAUGUUCUGUCAAUGCAACCAGAAGCCUUCAAGCAACCAAAUUCUAGAUCAAACAAGAUUACUUUGUGUGGGGAUCUAGAGCAGAUGGAUUUUAGUCCAUGGAUUGACUCAAAUAGAUAAUAUAUUAAAUAUGUUACAUAAUAUUUUUUUAAUCU